AGUACUUUACUCUGGAAAAGAUCAACGAAAAGCAAACAAAGAAAUUUUCAACAUCGGAAAUCACGUAUCGCGUUAAAAUCGAAAACCUCAAUAUGAAAUUCGAUCCUGUCACCUCAAUGGAAGCAAUGCCCAAAGUGUUCGAAGCUAUAUUCAGUGUCAUUACGAAAGAAUUCGGACCAGACGACAGAAUCGUCAUCCUUCUCUCCAGUCAUACACUCAACCGCAAAGCUGAUCUUCAUAUGAAAAGGUUACAAGAUUUCAAGAUUGACGACCUUAUGGAUAUGAUGGUCAUGAUUAAUUCAAGCAACUCAUUCUGCAUCGACGAAAGUUUUCAAAUUACAAUUGUUCGGACCGUAAUACCGGCUGGUGGAAGAAGAAGAAAACAUAUCCAUACUACGGUUGACCGAAAACGAUUCAGCUCGUCUAUUGUUACAGUGACAACAGGAAACAACCUUUGCUUACCUGCAGCAUUGGCGCUCGGUCAUUUCAGAAACACUCAUGAUGUCAGCGGCAAAGACAAGAUGAAAUGGAAAGCUUUAACUAAUCCUAGAGGGCGUAAGUUGGAAAAACUCGCGUGUCAGUUGGUCCAAGAUGCGGGUCUCACUAUUGGAAAAAUGUUUGGGUUGGAAGAUUUGCCGGCUUUUCAACGCGUUUUAAAGUGUCAAGUCAAGGUUAUUUCUGUGCAGGAAGGAAACACUCUUAUCGCUCAAGUGCCGGAGAAGAAGAAACCGGGAAUGAAGCAGAUUUACUUAAUGUACGAUAAAAAUCAUUUCGAUCUGAUAACUAAACCAUCUGGAUACCACAUGCAGAGUUAUUAUUGCACAAACUGCGAUCAAGGAUACGGCCGAAAGACAGAUCAUCGCUGUGAACAGAGAUGCAACAUGUGUUAUCGCAGUAAAAGCGAUUGCAAGGCCAGUGACCCAAAGUUAUGCCCCGAUUGUGGACGAACUUUCACCAACAAAGAGUGCUUUGAUGUGCACAAGACUUUACGAAAAAAUGGAAGGACGCUUUGCGAGGAUCUUUUCAUCUGCUCCAAGUGCAACAAGUUUGUGAAUAUGCUCAAUCGCCCGGAUCAGGUUCAUAACUGUGACGAAAUGUACUGCUCAACCUGCAAAGACUGGGUGCCUCAAAAUUCGCAUAAAUGUUACUUCCAACCUCUUGAACCAGAAGAAUUGGAUGCUAAUCCGAAGUACAUUUUCUUUGAUUUCGAAACUUACACGUCGGUCGAUGGUACUCACAUUCCAAACUACGUCGUCGCGCAGUAUUGCUGCGGAAAGGAAUAUCGUUUUCCUCCUGAUGGUACUCCUCUAGCCGGUUAUGAUGUCAUCGCAAACUUUUGCAAAUGGCUUUUCCGUGAAGAGCAUCGUGGCUACACGAUAAUUGCGCACAAUCUGCGAGGAUACGAUGGACAUUUCAUUUUGGCCCACAUGAUAGACAAUAACUUGAAGCCGGACAUUCUUUGCCGUGGUAGUCAGCUGCUGAAUAUUCGCUACAAAGCUUUGGACAUGAACGCCGUGGAUACGCUUAACUUUGUGCAGCUGGCUUUGUCUAAAUUUCCUAAAGCGGUCGGUCUUAAAUCUGAUGAGAAGAAAGGUGACUUCCCUCACAAAAUUAAUCAGCCGGAAAAUUGGGAUAAAAUUAUUCCCUUCCCAAACCCGUCUUCUUACGGUAUCGAAGCAAUGUGUGCCGCCAAGCAGGUCGAAUUCUUUAAAUGGUAUACAGGCGAAAAAACAAGAAGCAAGGACGUUUUUGACUUUCGGCAGCAGUUAACCAGCUACUGUUCAAUGGACGUGUCAGUUUUGCGGAAAUGUGCCUUAAAAUUCCGAGAUGAUUUUAUGGCUCUAGCGUGCAUUGAUCCCUUUAAAUCCGUAACCAUUGCUUCAGCUUGUUUGAAAUUUUUUCGAACUUUUAAUCUCCGGAAGGAAGAAAUCGGAGUCAUUUCAGCUCACGGUUACCAAACCAACAGAAUAACCAGCAUGGAAGCAACUCAGUGGCUGACCUGGGUUAACAAAACAGAAGCUGAUUGGCGAAUCGAGCAUGGGCGAAAUGGAAAAGAGAAACGUAUUAAUGAUUAUUUUGUGGACGGCUACGAUCAAGUUACCAACACGGUUUACGAAUACAACGGAUGCGUUUUUCAUGGACAUCCGGACUGCACCAACGCAAAUGACCGUUCACCUUUUUCAAACAAGACUAUGCAAGAAGUUUACGAAGAAUACCGGAUCAAAGUUUGUUCUAUAAAAGCUCGGGGCUUCAACUUUGUGGAAAUGUGGUCAUGCCAGUGGCGCGAGCAGUUAAAAGAUCCAAGCAUUCGGCAGUAUAUGAACGAUAUGUCCCUCCGCAGUCCUCUUCAACCAAAAGAAGCAUUUAAAGGCGGCCGUACUAACGCAAACAGGCUACUUUACGAAUGCGGUCCGAAUGAGAAGAUCCAUCACUAUGAUAUCGUCUCUUUGUAUUCUUAUGUCAACAAGAAUUGUGUGUAUCCAAUCGGGCAUCCGAAAAUUAUAACAGCAGACUUUAAGGAUAUAAGCGAAUAUUUUGGAUUUGUAAAGUGUACAGUGCUUGCGCCGGGACAGUGCUUAUUUCCUGUUUUGCCUGCAACUAUAAAUGGAAAGUUAAUCUUCGCACUCUGCAGUAAAUGUGCAGAGCUUCGGCAAAACGAUUUUUGCACGCAUGGCGACAAGGAGCGAUUGCUGGAAGGUGUGUGGACUACUCCCGAACUGCAUCAUGCGAUUUUACGUGGGUACAAAGUUGUUGCUGUUCAUGAAGUCUGGCAUUGGGAAAUACGGAAAGAAAAAUUGUUUGAAGACUUUGUUAACACAUUCCUCAAAGAAAAAAUUCAGGCAAGUGGAUGGCCAAGUAACUGCACCACUGAAGCGGAACGGUUGGAGUUUGUCAUAAAAGUGAAGGACGUGGAAGGUAUUGAACUGGAUUCCUCGCAAAUCGAAGACAAUCCAGGCCGAAAAGCAGUUGCAAAGUUGAUGCUGAACUCAUUCUGGGGCAAAUUCGGACAAAAUGACAAUCUUCAUCAGACGAAAAUUUUCUUCAAGCCGAAAGAUUACUAUGACUUCCUCGUAUCAAAAUCUACCUGGAUCCACAAUGUCCAUAUCUUCAGUCCUGAAUGUGUCAUGGCAACUAUUUCCAAAAUCGACGACUAUCUAGAAGGAUCGUACACCGCCAAUAUCCCUAUCGCAGCCUUUACGACGAGUUAUGCCCGGCUGAAACUUUUGGAUAUGCUUGAGAAGUUAGGUGAACGAGUACUUUAUUUUGACACAGAUUCCGUUAUUUUUGUUCAGCGGUCAGGCGAGUGGCAGCCACCAACAGGUACGAUGCUUGGAGAAUGGAGCAAUCAGUUAGAAUCGGGAGAGAGUCAUAUUGUCAAGUUUAUUUCUCUGGGGCCCAAAGUUUAUUAUUACGAAACAGAUACAGGAAGGAUAGAAAGUAAAAUUAAAGGCUUUACUCAAAAUGGAUAUACGGAGAAUAUCCUAGCCGAUUCUGGGGAAGGGCUGGUUCAAACAGGCCAGAGUAUGGACUACAACCUUUGGAAAUCGCUCUUGAAGAAUGAUGGCCAAACGGUGCGCGUUGUCUAUCCCGAAACCAUCAAAAGAAAUGUCAACACUCAUGAAAUCAGCACCGUUCAACUGACGAAAACUCUCAGGCGAGUAUACGAUAAACGGAUGCUGUUGGAUGAUUAUAGUACUUUACCGUUUGGAACUCGCAUGGACUAGCGCGCCAUAUUCGAAGGGAUGCGCAGGGACAUGAUGUCGUUGGAGCAAGUGUCGUAGUUUUCGAUUUUGCAGUUUGUAACUGUUAGCAUAUAAUAGAAGCC